AUGAUGUCCACACCAACAUAUUACUUGAAAAUCCAUGUCAAAUACUGUCAAAUGAGGCCUUUAAUCUGGGAUCACUGGUUCAAGCUUGAGGAGGAGACAUCUAUAGCAGUGGCAUGGAUUAGUUUCCCUGAACUACCCCCAAACUUCUUUGUAAAAGAGGCUGUGUUCUCAAUGGCAACUACAGUUGGAAAGCCAUUAACAGUAGACUUAGCAACAGCUAAUAAAACAAGGCCUAGUUAUGCAAAAGUAAAGGUACAAGUUGAUUUAUUGGCUGAACAUCCUAAGAGGAUUAAUAUAUCAGAAGUUGAUGAGAAAACUGGUAUGAUGAAGUCUAAGUGGAUCAGGAUAAAAUAUGAUUAUCUUCCCAAGUAUUGCAAGCAUUGUAAACUACAAGGACACGGGGAAGGGGAAUGCAGGGCAUUACAUCCUGAUCUAGAAAAACAAUAUAGAGAGGAUUUGAAAAAAGAAAGCAGUGGUCAAGAGGAGGAUGCACAACAAAAGAAGGAAUGGAUGCAGAAAAGAAACAAAUAUGUGAAAGACAGUUCUGGGAUUAUUUUGGGAGAAAUUGGCAAGAUGGAUGCAAAUAAGGUAACUGGGAAAGUAGAAAAAAGUAAUACCUUUGCUAUUCUGGAUGAGGAAAAUGAGGACGAAUCAACAACACAAACAGCAAGUCCAUCCAACAAAUCUGUACAAGAUGGUAAUGAAAGGCAUACACCGAGGGUGAAGAGUGCAAAAAAGAAUGGAAAUACAAGCAAGCAAAGUCAGGGUAAUAGCAGUCCAACAAAUAGGAAUAGCAAAUCUCAGCAGAAUCAAGAGCACAAAUCUCAAGGUACAGAAAAGGAAGGGCAGUCUGGAAAAAAAAGGGAGGAUACUGAAUAUCAGGAGUUAUCUGAAAAUAUGCAGAUGGUAACACAAUUAUUGGCCCCAAGCAUGCAGAAUCAGACACAGAUGGGGCAGGAAACAAAUAGAAGAGAUAUGGAUGGGCAAUCUAUUGAAAUGAAUAUACAAGCAGCUUUGAGGGAGGAAGAUGUCUCUCCUAAAUUUAACAAAGGGGCAGGCAGAGGGAAAAAGAAAUCUCAAAAGGACACAAGUGCCCCACCAGGGAGUGGAUAUCAAACUAGAAGAGCACUCUUGUUGGAGCCUUUUCAACAACCUGACAAAAUUGAGGAGUACAGAAGAAGAUUGGGCAUGCAAACUGCUUUGGCUAAUGUUUCAGGAAAGAUAUGGAUAUUUGUAGAUGACAUAUUUGAGGUGGAGACAGUGACUGAUCACAUGCAACAGAUUACUUUUAAGCUUAAGAGUAAUGGUUUGCAGGAAGACAUUGUGAUAACUGUUGUGUAUGCUAGAUGUACUCAAAGAGAGAGAUUGGAAUUAUGGGACAGCCUAAAAGAUGUAGCAACUAACAUGAACAUGAAUAGGCCCUGGAUGAUAGGAGGAGAUUUUAAUGUCAUUAUGUCUGAGGAAGAGAAAUAUAGGGGUCUAGCAGUUGGGGCAAAUAAAACACAAGACUUUAAUUUGUGUAUGCAAAAUUGUGAGAUGCAAGAUUUUGGCUUCAAGGGUAGCAAAUAUACCUGGUGGAAUGGGCAGAGUGGGGAAGAUUGUAUUCUCAAAAGGCUAGACAGAUGUUUAGGAAAUUUGAGAAUUCAACAAAUGUAUCCAGGAAUUGAAGUGAAACAUUUAAUCAGGACAGGAUCAGACCGUGCUCCUUUGUUGAUUUCAUAUGCAGGAAACAAUAUGCCUAUUAAGAAGCCUUUUAAGUUUCUUAAUUUUUGGGUGAAGAAUGAAACCUUCUUGGAUGUUGUUAAAGCACAGUGGACUGCUGAUUUCAUGGCUAACCCCUUUACUCUUUUCCAUCACAAAUUGAAAAAAGUAAAGGUAGCUUUGACACAGUGGAGCAAAGUCACAUUUGGGAAUAUAUUUCAGGAAAUAGAAACUCUGGAAGAUGUGAUUAAAGUUCAUGAAGUGCAAUUUGAACUGCAACCUACCCCCUAUAAUAGGGAAAGAUUGCAAAGGGUACAGGCUGACUUGAAUAGAUACUUACAUUUAGAAGAGGAAUUUUGGAAGCAAAAAGCAGGAAUGCAUUGGUUCAAUGAUGGAGAUAGAAACACAAGGUUUUUCCAUGCAUAUGUACAAGGGAGGAGGAAAGGAUUGCAGCUGAGAAGAAUUCAAGAUCAACAGGGAACUUGGCUAGAAGACCCUGAUGCAAUAGCUACUGAAGCUAUUAAUUUCUUUACAGCAUAG